AUUUAGUCUUACUUAUUCAAUUUUCAGCUAUCUUAUCCAAUAGUCUAAUCCAUUAGUCUUCUUUUUGAACCCCCCAUUCACAGAAUCUAAUUAGUGUAUCAGUACAGUUUAUCAGAGUAAUUUUUUUUGUCCGUUCACAAGCCACAAGCUAUGAAAAAUUAUAAACUGAGAAACUGGUCUUUCUUACCUUCCAGUCCUUCUCCGUUAUCUUCAUCGAUAAAUAACACUCUACCGUUGGCUUCAUCCAAGAAUUCUCAUCUGAAAAAUGAUUUGAACCCUAGCGAGAACCUAGAGCAAAAGGAAGAAGCCGUCGAUAAAAAAAUCCAAGAUGAAAUUGUAAAAUCUCCUUUAUUAUCAAAUGAUAUAAUCGAAUCAGAUAUCUUAUCUUCUUCAAGUAGAAAUCCAGAUAUCCAGGAUGAUGAUGCUUACGAUUAUAAAAACCUUCAUCAAGAUUUGGAUGAUGAACAACCAGAUUAUAAAUCAGUACCUCCAGAUUUUUUCAAUAUUUUAUCCACUUUCCCCCUUUUCAAACAAGCCCCUAAAUCUUUUCAUUCAAAAGUGGUUUCAAAAUUGAAACUAAUGCAAUAUCAUCCUCAAGAAUAUAUCAUGAAAGAAGGUGAUCCUUCAAAAUCAAUGUAUUGGAUCUUAAAAGGUUCAGUUAGUGUAACUUCAACCGAUGGUGAAUCAAUUUAUGCAGAAUUAGCUAGUGGUUCCUUUUUCGGAGAAAUUGGAAUCUUAUUUAAUCGUCCUAGAACUGCUACAGUGGUUGCUAGGACUAAAGUUUUGGUUGGAGUUUUAACUUCAGAUUCUUUAAAUAGUGUUUUAAAAUCUUAUCCUUUAAUAGAAAGAAGAAUUAGAGAUGAAGCCCAAGAAAGAUUAUCAAUGCAAGAUAAAAAAAAUAAAGCUAUUUUACCCCCGGUUUUGAACUCAAAUUUAUCAAAUAAUAAAUUCAAAAAUAAAUUUUCAAAAAAAUUAUUUCAAUCUUCAAAACUUUCUUCUUUUGCUUCUUCUUCUUCUUCUUCUUCUAAAGUUGGUAAUUUACCUCUUACUAACUAUAAUCCUUCAAAUGCUAGUUCUCUAGCUAAUUUGUCUUCUUCAAUCCCUGGUCCUUCUAUCCCAAUAACUAAUUCUCCCUCAGUAAGUCCUCCAAUUGAUGAAAAUUUAACUGCUGCUGAUAACGUUGAUCAAACUAUUUCAAUUCAAGAAUUUCUUAAAAAUUUACCAAUGUUUAGUAAUUUACCUUCUCAUAUUAUUCAUAGAUUAGCUUUAGGAGUUGAACCAAUGACUUAUCAACCUUUUGAAUAUAUUUUCCAUAAAGGUGACUUAAGUUUUGAUAUUUAUUUCAUUGUUAAUGGUGAAGUUGAAGUGAUUGAUCAUUUAUAUAAUGAUUUCAAAAUUGAUAAUAUCUUGGCUAGAUUGAAACCAGGAAUGUAUUUUGGUGAAAUGGCUUUUUUAUCCUCUUUAAAUAAUGAUUUAGAUCAUUAUAAAAGAUCAGCCAGCAUUCGAUCCGUCACCUCAGUUGAAUUAAUUGUGGUCAAAUCGGAUAAAUUAAAACUUUUAUGUGAUAAAUAUCCUUACAUUAUUGAUGAUAUGAAAAAUACCGCUUCCCAAAGAAGAUCUUUAAAUUAUAGCUUACAAGAUGAUAAAUUGAUUUCUUUUAAUUCUUCUCCUUCAAACUCUUUACCCCCUUCAAGAAGGUUAUCAAUUAAUUUCUUAAUUAAUGAAAAUUCCAAUAACUCACCUUCCUCUGAUGUCUCAUCACAAGCCCAACCUCCAACCAUAGCCCACACCCCGACUCCUCCGUUAGAGCUUUCAGCAAAUGCUCCUGCCCCUGCCCCUGCUCCUGCUCCCGUCUUCCAACAAUCAAUAUUUCAGCCAAAUUGGGGGUUCGGUAAUAAUAAAAAAGAUGAUAACUCAAACUCAAAUUCAGUCUCAACAAUGUACUCUAUGGAAAAGGGUAGAAUUUCAAGGUCUAUUUCUCCCAUUUCAAAUAAUGAUCACGAAAUAAAUGACCGAAAACGUAAAUCAAUAAGCUUGAGUCCAUUCCAUUCUCAGCAGAUUCAACAAUCUCAAUCACUCCCUCAUUCACAGUCCCAAUCCCAGUUACAGUCCCAGAUCCCUCAUUCCCAAUCGCAGUCCCAAUUACAAAUGAAUGUUCCUCCACUUAACCCAGUCGUUCCCUCGAUUAAUAACUUUCAAAAUUUACAGCCUGGUAGCAGAAGAUCAAGCUUCCAAUAUAUGCCUCAUAGUAAACGUAUCAAAUUGGCUACUUUAAACGGUGGCAGAAGAAGAUCUUCAAUAUUAUCCAAUAAUGGUCCUUUACCAGAUAAAAUUUUAUUAAAGGUUUUUGAAUUUUUAUCUUUACCCGAACUAAUGAAGUUAAGAACAAUUAGUAGAAGAUGGAGACAACUAGUAUACGUUGCUCCUAAUUUAUGUACUACUCUAGAUUUGAAACCUUGGAAUACCUCCAUUGACGACAAAGCUUUGGUUACAAUCACUGAUUUUGUUGGCUCAAGACCACAAUCCAUUGACAUCUCAAAUUGCUUUCAUAUUACGGAUGAAGGUUUCACAUACAUGGUUAAUGAAAUUGGAAUUCUGGGAAAGAUUAAAAAAAUCAAGAUGAAAUCAAAUUGGGAAGUUAGUGCAAUGGCAAUAAUGGAUUUGACAGUACCAAGUGUUGGUAGAUAUUUGGAAGAAAUUGACUUGUCAAAUUGCAGAAAAGUUCGGGAUAAUGUAUUAGAAAGAUUGAUUGGCUGGGAUCCUGAAUCUAUCAGCAAUGAUGCUCAAGGUGAAUCUGCAUCCGAUCAUGAGUUAGAUUUGGAUGAAUUCAAUAAUAAUGGUGUUGGUUGUAAAAACUUAAAAAUUUUAAGUGUUGGUUAUUGUAAGCAUCUAAGUGAUAGAAUAAUGCAUCAUAUCGCUAAUCAUGCUAAUAAAAGAUUGGAAAGUCUUGACUUAACAAGAUGUACUACAAUUACUGAUAAAGGAUUUCAAUAUUGGACUUAUAGAUCAUUUUCGAACUUGAAAAAACUUUCCUUGAAAGACUGCACAUUUUUAACCGACGUCUCAAUUAUAUCAAUUGCAAAUGCAGCUCCAAAUUUAGAAAUCUUAGACUUGAAUUUCUGUUGUGCUUUAUCAGAUAUAGCAAUCGAAGUUUUAUGUUUAGGCUGUCAAAAUUUACGUGAAUUAGAUUUAUCAUUUUGCGGUUCAGCUGUUAGUGAUUCAUCAUUGGUUGCAAUUUCUUUACACUUAAGACAUUUACAAAAAUUAAUUCUAAAAGGCUGUAUCAGGGUCACGAGAGCUGGGAUUGAUGCUUUAUUGAGUGGUUGUUCGCCAUUGAACUAUAUCAAUGUUAGCCAAUGUCGAAAUGCUCAUAUAUAUCCUGGUAGAAUCCCUGCUCAAAAAUUAAAUGUGAAUCCGCAAACGAAAUCAGCCUUUGUUACUGCUGGUCCCUUCCAAAACGUUAUAGAGAUUGUUAUUUGAUCUACCAUCCCCAAAAAUGUAUUAUAUUAUUACUUCUCCUCUCAUGUCUUAUUACUUAUCUAUUCUUUUCUUCUCUCUUGUAUUAUUACAUUUAAUUUCUCGUUAUGUCAUUUUUUUUUGCAUCCUUCGAC